AUGACACCUAUUAGGUUAAUACUUAUAUCAAAAUCUCCAGACCUAAUAGGUCUCCAAGGGGGGUUGACUGAAGUGCCCAAGGUUCCUCAUAGCCAACUCUCCAGUACCUUCUCCCUCACCUCAUGCCCUCAAUAUUCCACAUCUCCAAAGCUAGCCUCUUACCUGGAUGACAAUCAAGGCACUUUGAACAAGCAAACAAGGAGGCUUCUUCUGCUCUACACCACAUUCUUUCUAUGUAUCCCUGUUUCUUCCAUCUGGAAAAAGAAACAAGAAUAUAACAAGAGUGCUAUGGCUCUUUGUGGUGGGACUGAGUCAAGGAAUGCAUUGCUGGCACAACUGGCAUCCCUCAUGGGACCAUUGCCACCUCCUCCAGUUUCCAAGCCCCAAGCCAUCAUCUCCCCCAUGCAACCAGUCAAUGCUCCUCCUGUUGAUGUCAUUCAAGACAAACUGGCACCUGUGGCCACCACUGCCUUGGUUGACCACACCCCCAUGGAGCCCAUGCCUAUGACUGUCAUUGUCCAAGAUCUGGACCCUAGCCCUGCUCUUGAUCUUCCAACCUUCAACAUGCUCCCAGACAUCCCAUCAUCUAUGUCCAUGUCCAUGUCCACUGUUGCACUGUCUUGCACACCCUCUCCUUCACUCCCUGGUCCUCUGGACCCUCCACCUCCUCUCACACCAACCACUUCACCUGACCAUCCAACCUCUAUCUCAGAUGCUGCCAUGCUGGCAGAUCCUACCACACCCACCCACCAGGUGCUCAAUGCAUCUGAGCCUGGCCCAGACCAUCUUCCUGCUGACUCUCCCUUGACUGGCCACACAUCCCUUGAUUGCCCUUCAGUCCAGAAUGUGGACCAUCUUGGGGAAUCUGGUCUCCAAUGGCAUGUUUACUGGCUGGAUUGGCACAUCAAGCUCAUUGAGCACACUUCGAAGGACAGUGGCUUUCCUAUCUACCCACCCAUCCCUUGCAACUGGUGUCAUGUUGCUUGA